UACACUUUUCACUUCCGGGUUGAAACUGUUGCUGUCGUCUUCUCCGCUGUCAUCCCCUCUCUCAGCCCGUGACUCAUAUUCGGCCAGAUUUAUCCCCUUUUUUCCACCUCCGACGACAUCGACCCAGUCAUAAAAACGGCCGCGAUGUUGCUAAAAACGAGCGCGGACGGGUCCCUGCGGGCUUUGAGGACCCUGCGGCAGGUGGUCCUGGCGAGCCUGUGUGUGUGCAUCAGCUUCUCGGCUGCAGCAUCUCCUGCUCAGGAAGAGGACAGUGCCAUGGAGAACAUCGUUACAGAGAAGAAGGCCGAGGAGAGCCACCGGCAGGACAGCGCCGACCUGCUCAUCUUCAUCCUGCUCCUCACCCUCACCAUCCUGACCAUCUGGCUCUUCAAGCACCGGCGCUUCAGGUUUCUGCACGAGACCGGGCUGGCCAUGAUUUACGGCCUGAUUGUCGGCGUGAUCUUGCGUUACGUCGUUCAGGUCCCCCGGGACGCCAGCGUCGUCUCGACGAGCUGCUUCGUCAACGCCAGCCCCGCCACCCUGCUGGUUAAUGUCAGCGGCAAAUUUUACGAGUACACCUUGAAAGGGGAGAUCAGCGCCGGCGAGGUGAACGACGUGAAAGACAACGAGAUGCUGCGCAAGGUUACGUUUGACCCUGAAGUCUUCUUCAACAUUCUGCUCCCACCCAUCAUCUUUCAUGCAGGCUACAGCUUGAAAAGGAGACAUUUUUUCCGCAACAUGGGAUCCAUCCUGGCUUAUGCCUUUGUGGGGACGGUGAUUUCCUGUUUUAUUAUUGGGUUGUUGAUGUACGGCUGUGUCAAGCUAAUGAAGCAUUUGGGCCAGUUGAGAGGAGACUUCUUCUUCACAGACUGUCUGUUCUUCGGAGCCAUUGUCUCAGCAACAGACCCAGUGACAGUCCUGGCCAUCUUCCACGAGCUGCAGGUUGACGUUGACUUGUACGCGUUGCUGUUUGGAGAGAGCGUGCUAAACGACGCCGUGGCCGUGGUUCUGUCCUCGUCUAUUGUUGCAUAUCAGCCGCAAGGAGACAACAGCCACACCUUCGAGGUCAUGGCCAUGCUGAAGUCUUUCGGGAUGUUCCUUGGGGUUUUCAGCGGCUCCUUCUCGCUGGGAGUGGCCACGGGAAUCGUUACGGCUCUCGUGACAAAAUUCACCAAACUGAGGGAUUUCCAGCUGCUGGAGACGGCUCUGUUCUUCCUCAUGUCCUGGAGCACCUUUCUGCUGGCUGAAGCUUGUGGCUUCACAGGCGUGGUGGCGGUGCUCUUCUGUGGCAUCACUCAGGCCCACUACACCUUCAACAACCUGUCCCCCGAGUCUCAGGACCGAACAAAGCAGCUGUUUGAGUUGCUAAAUUUCCUGGCAGAGAACUUCAUUUUCUCCUACAUGGGUCUCACCCUCUUCACCUUCCAGAACCACAUCUUUAACCCCAUGUUCAUCGUUGGCGCUUUUCUGGCGGUGUUCCUGGGACGAGCUGCUAACAUCUACCCUCUGUCGUUCCUCCUCAAUCUGGGUCGGCGUAACAAGAUUAGAUCCAACUUCCAGCACAUGAUGAUGUUUGCAGGCCUGCGAGGUGCGAUGACCUUCGCCCUGUCCAUCAGGGAUACGGCCACGUACGCCCGCCAGAUGAUGUUCUCCACCAACCUUCUGGUGGUUUUCUUCACCGUCUGGGUUUGCGGGGGCGGCACCACUCAGAUGCUGUCUUGUCAGCGGAUACGCGUGGGAGUUGACGCCGAUCAAGAGAACUCUAUGAGUUUCGCCGAUGGAAUAGAGAGGAGAAGCACCAAACAAGAAAGUGCCUGGCUUUUCCGACUUUGGUACAACUUCGACCACAACUACCUGAAGCCCAUCCUGACUCACAGCGGGCCCCCGCUCACAACCACGCUUCCCCCCUGCUGCCACCCUCUCGCCCGUUUCCUCACCAGCCCUCAGGCCUUCGAGGUCAGGCGGCGGGUCACGGCGGAUCUAUUCACUUACGUUCUAGAUCAGCAUAAUAAGCCUCGCUUUCCCCUCCCCCCGCAGAACGAGUGCCAGCUGAAGGACGACGACUCUGACCUCAUCCUGACGGACGGCGACAUCAGCCUGACUUACGGCGACAUCACGGUCAGCACAGACGCCACGGGGGCCCACACCAGCGGCGGCGGCGGGCCGGCCGCGGACGACCUGGACGGGGAGCUGGCGUACGGAGAUCACGAGCUGGUGAUGAGAGGCACCCGCCUGGUGCUGCCCAUGGACGACUCUGAGCCGUCGUUCACGGGCCACCUGCGCAUGUGAAAAGCGGGUUCCAGCGUGGCGCCGGCCGGACCACCGCCCAGAACAAACUGACCCGAGCCACUGAGCAAAAGACGAGUACCUGACUCCUCCUCUCACUCCACCAUUAUUUCUGUUGCACUUUGCUUUUUUUCUCUGCCCAUUGCUGAUUUCCUCUAAAGGCAAAUCACUGUCUCUACCUCAUUCUCUUUCUGCUCACUUUCAUACUACUCCAUUUAUUUUACAUUCCCGGCUGCUGCCAGUCACCUUACUGUAGCAUCGCAGCAUGAGUUAGUGAUCAAAUGCAAACGCCAGCCACUACCUAAUUUGUCAGUGUACAGUAUAUCUCAAGAGAAACUAUAACGUUGUUAUGCAUGUGAAGGUUGCUUGUCGUUUUCUUUGCGUUUUAGGACUUUAAAGCUUUGUUUUGGUUGUCACCGCUUUGGGGUCUGACCUCAAAUGUUGCUCCUUUUUCUUUUUUCUUUUUUUUCUGAGCAUCAGAGGCAAGCUGACUCACAGUGGAAAACUUUACUGUACCUUUGGUUUCAAUCAAGUGCCUGGGAAUUGUAGUUUUUAAGCAUGGCAACUCUAUACUAGAUUACUUCUGAAAGCAGCUUUAGGAUGGUACAUAAGUGUGUGUGUGUAUAUAUAUAUAUAUAUAUAUAUAUAUAUAUAUAUAUAUAUAUAUAUAUAUAUAUAUAUAUAUAUAUAUAUAUAUAUAUAUAUAUAUAUAUAUAUAACGCAGAAGCCUCCAUUCCAAAAGGUAGCAGUGUACUACACGGGUGUGUAGGGUAUGAGUUUGUGCUGUUUGCUUGUAAAUAAUGUGUGAACAAUGUGAAGCCAGCGGGCAGCGCUCGCUACGGCUCGCUGCAGGUGACCUUAGACCGUGACAUUAGAGAGACUUUGCACCUUACUUUGGCAGCCGACCGCACUCGCAGCAGUUGGAGGGGUUGCUGCUGUGAAAGCGAGAUCCGAAUGAAGUGAAGUGAAGUGAGCUUUGUGCCAUUCUCGCCAUGCAUUUUGACGUUUUUCUGUAAACUGAAUCCGUCCGACCUUAAAGUGUUUUUGUACCCUUUUUUUGCAGAGGAACAUUUGUCAUACACGUCUCGCUUUGCUCACGCGUUUCUAUUCAGAUAUUUUUUCAUCGAAUCAAUACAAACCCAUUUAGGUGCCUAAAUUUGACACAAAGAAAAAUCAGUUGUCUGAAUCAGAAUGUACAGAGAAGUGUUUUCGUAAUAUCAUUAGAAAUUAGAGAAAUUUAAGGGACGCAUACUUGAGUAAGUUUAGCUUCUUUAUUUGUCUGGUUUCAUAUUUUGAGGCUCCUAAAUACUGGUGAACAAUGACUGUGUUAGCCGACUUAAAUGAGACUUCUUUCAGUGCUUUUCUGCUUUAAUCUGAAAAAACAUUUGCUUCCCAUGCUACUGUUGUGUCACAAUUAUUCAUACAGCUGUAUCUCAGUAGAUAUGAAUCUCGCCGUGUUGAUUUAGUUCAGCAUUUCAGUUCACAAAUUAAAACUCAUCUAUACUGUGGAUUAAUUACACACAGAAGGAAAUAUUCAGUUGCUUUUUUUGUGAUUAUGGUUACCAGGUACUGAAAAUUAGAGUGACCUUAACCUGUGUGGUGGUACUGACCCAGAUCCACUCCAAGCCUUGUAAUUUUCCCCCAAACGCCUGAAGGAGCUUUCUUUCACAAUCCCCACAAACCUGCAUUUAUCCCCGUUGCUUCUUCACAUUUUUUACCAUACUUUUUCCUACCACUCAACUUUCUAUUAAGCCAUCUUCUUUAGCCCUCCUUGAUCAUUUCAAAGACUGCUGGACAGCUGUUCAAUCCACAGCCGUACGCAUGAUUGUGUAAACCUUGACAUAACACCUCUGAGUAGGAAGAAAAAAAAUACGGAACUUGUCUGAUAUGUUAAAAUUUCCUGAGAAACAGAAACUUGCGUUUUUAUUUACUGCAAGCCGUAAUCAACAACAUUAAGAGAUGAAAACACCGUAAUAUUUCAGCCUGUGUGUAAAUAAUCUUAAUAGUAUGCAAAUUUAGCUUUUUUUUUAUUUAUAACUCACUGAAAUAAAAUACAUUUUAAAGAUAUUCUAAGGUACUGAGAUGCACCUGUAAAUGGUUAUAUAAUAUUGCCGUCCUGGAUCUUAUUUCUUACCUUAUUUAUUUCUUACCUUUCUUUCAUCACUCCUCAUCAUUCUUAAUAUUUGGGCUGCCCGUAAUGUCAUGCAAACAUGACUUACGUUACAAUAGUCAAACACCGAGUUGGAAUGAACUCACUAGUCUUUUUCUUUUGGUGACGUCUCUGCCGCUCUCUGUGAACUCUCCCUGAGCUUUAUUAGAUGAGGACAGCUAAAGACCAUCCAGUUUACUAAAAAUAUGACACCUGGAAUAUUAUAGCCUGCUAAAUAUUGCAUCUCAGCAGUCCAAAGCGUUUGAAGUAUUACGCACUGUGAUCUAUUGUACAGUUUUAACGAGCAUUCAGAUUAAAUAUCUCACAUUUGAGCUGGGACUCAGCCACGUCUUUAUUUUGAAAGCUUACCAAUGUUGGUAUUGUUUAAAUGCUGUUCACCCCUCCUGUUUUUGUACUGAACUGGUUUCUCAUGAAUGAAUUGUGUGAAGGUUAAACAUAAGUCGCACAAAUACAAAUCAGACGCGUUGAAUUUGGUUUAUUUCUCUGCAUGUUACAGAAGAGCAGACGGCUUUCGGAGCUCGUUUAGGUCGCGGGGAGCGAAUUUAAUAGGAAGCGUUGGUCGGGUUGUCGCCGUGGCAGCGCUGUGUUUAUUUGAACCGAAGCCAGAAAACAUUUGGUGACAUUUCUAUGUGUGUGUGUGUGGUUUGGUCUCUGAGCAAGCCAAAGAAAAAUAAGUGAGGGCAUGCAAAAUGAGCGCAGGAAGAUGGGAAUUAAGAAACAGAGAGCGAGAGAAGGAGGAGAGUAGAGCAGACUUGUAGAUAUCGCUCUUCCUCCCUUAGUUAUCUUCUGCUGUGCAGGAACCUCUAAUUUAACUUUUUUUUAUGUUGGCUUGUUUGAUUUUGCUUUAAUAAUCUGUUCUUUAUGACUCCGUACGAUCUACUAAAGAGUUGAAAUACCAUUUGAGUUUGUAUGAUAAAUAUUUUUUUUAAAGAGAUUAAAUCUAGUGAAGGAAACCUCUCAUUUGCACUCAUAUUGUUGUUCUGUUUUGUCCAGUAAUGUUAUUUUAUCCCACAGCUGCAUUUAUAUUAUUUACCUUUUUGUUUUUUUAUUUUUUGAGUUUUUCUGAGAUGAUAAAAAAAUCUUGUCAAUAAUGACAGUUGAGUUAAUGUUCAGUUGAAGUUUUAUUACUUCUGUAAAGAAAUAUCUCUGUGUUUCAGUGAUUGUAAAGACCAUUUCAUGCAAACUUUCCAUCUUAUCAGGUAGUUUUGUAUUUUGCGUUUGCAACAAGAUGCUUUUUGUCGUGUUUUCUUCAGAGCAUAAAUGAUCUUUUGCAGCUUGUGUAUCUCUGAAAGGAAAAAAAAGGUAAAUAAAUCUGAGCAGAAAUGUGUGCCAUUAUUACCUAAAUGACACUUUAAUCAAUGUGAACUCUUCAAAAGGUGAUCUAGGUCUUGGUGUUUUCUGCUCUGCCGGUACGUGUUCUGUUUCGGCUCUCUGAUCGGUCUCCUGUGACACGCUUUGAUCAGCGGAAAUCUUGACUGAAGUAGCUGAGCAAAGAGGCCUGCUGUGCUCUGUUUUCAGUCUGCUCUCUCUUCAUACAGCAUAUUCUCUGUGUGAAUGUGUCCAAAAUGCCUGCAAGUGUUUACGGAUGUGUGUCUGACCAAAAAAAAAAAAAAAAAACGAAACGAUAACAUGUCCUAUCCUUUUUUUAUAUAUACAUAUGUUUUUUGUUUCUUUUUGUUGCAGAUACUGACUGUUUACAUCUGUGUAAAUAUACUCCCACCUGUUCUGUGUGUGUGUGUGCGCAACGGUCAGUAAAUAAAAGCCUUUGCAUUUAA